AUGUCAAUCAAUCAGACUUGCCCAGAAAUCACCUUCCAGACGAUUGUCCUAGACCCCGAGUCAUCAGCCAGGAGCCGCUAUAUCCCAAUGGUGCGGCACCCCAAAGAACCUUUGAUCAUCAAGUUUGAGGAGAUGUGCUGUCGUCCUCCAACUGCCCCAGACGAUGAAAUUCAGAUCUCGCUUCGUUGGUUGGAAAGGAUCUCACGCAACGUUUGGAUGGUGCAAAAACUAUAG